AUGAGCGAUGACGACGACUUCUUUGACUAUAGCAGCAGUAGUAGCGCCCAUGCUGACUCCCUAGUAUCCCCACGCCAACUUCCGUCCGAUGACGGCGCAGAGGUCGACUAUUACCCAGUAGGAUUUCCUCUGAAUUCCGAUAUAUAUGACACAACUCCCGACGCGCAGGAGGCGGCCUUUCCGAACCUGCCACCUGAUUCUGCGGAGCCAGGUGAGGAUGAUUGGCAAACACUCAGACAAUUCAGGCUCCAUUUCCCAUAUGAAUUCCUGGAUAGGGAUGGUCGCUGGAACACCCCCGCAGAAGUGGCUCAGCAGCCACUCGCGGGGCAGUUGCGGCAAGAGACUAUCCAGAAGUUGGCGCUGACAGGCCAUCAUGUGGAGUUCGUGCCUGCCUGGACCGAUCCAGGGUGGGAAGCGCGUUUUGUGCACACAGGUCGGGAGCCAAGGCAGGCUGAAGACCCACCGGAAGAGCAAAAUCCAAACGAUGACCCAUUGUAUCGAAUGUAUGCAAGGCCGGGCCUCUUCCAGACUCUGCGGCCCGCUCUUCUGGAACAGGAUGCGGUCAGAAACCCGACGGAUGCCGCCAAAAGAUACGGCAUAGACCCCAACAACGUGUAUAGAGCAGGCUACGGUAAAUCCGCAGCGACUCCAAUGCAGGUGGAUUUCAAUAUUCCCCUGACGAAUCCCCGGGUGACACCGAGCAACCAAGGAGUGAAGCCCGUGGUCGACCAAGCCGACUACGAUGCGGUGUACCGACAGUACCAGAACGCUCUGUCUGCUCGAGGCGGAUAUGCUUCCGAGGAUGACUUCCGGGCGGCACUUCAAAGUAUCGCUCCUGGAACUCUACAUCCGGACUUGGGCGCAAGCUGUGACGGGCAGGUCGCCAACGCACUCUUGCAAUACAUGGAUCAGAAAACCGACUUUGACCUGCGAGAAGAUUACCAGCGGAUGCUUUUUGGCGGCAUCUCGACCAACGAGCUGGUAGAGGAGGGUGCAUGGACGAUGGACAAGACCGCCGUCUGUGAGCUGAAUAGUCCAUUACACGACCUCCUCACGAGGGACAAAUGGGCAGUGACUACCGACAGGGGCAUAAGCCAUGAUGGCGAGGACCCCAAGAAGGUCAAAAAGGUGUACAAUUUCCCGACCCAAAAGGGCGAAUACUGCGCUACAAACAGACACCUCUGGGCGGCAGUCAACCGGAAAGAAUACUUCGCCACGUACCUAGACGAAGAUCCGGACGAGUUCAUGCCGGAGCAGGAGGUAUUGAAGAGUCUGGAGUUCAACUCGGUAUAUUGGGUCUGCGAAAUCCUGAAGAAGUGUCUCACCUGGGAUAUAAUGGCCAAGUACGACGACAACGGAAAUAAGGGACCCGUCCUGAUGGGUGUCACCCAAUUAGAGGAUCCUCGGGACAGUCCUCGAGAGCGGCCAUUCACUAUCAGAAUCAGUAUCUCUGCAGAUUACAUAUGGCCGCUACUGAUUGACGAAUAUACGCAAGCCGAGAAGGCGCACGCUGUAGUCUACGCACGAGAACAGUUGUUCAAUCCUUUGGCGACGUGGUUGAGAUUCGACCCAACCGACGAGUGGCGUCGGAUGGUAGGGCCGCCAUGUCUGAGAAACUUAAUGGAGUUUGGAUAUCGCCAAGUGUGGGACGAUGCGCGUUAUGCAACCCGUUCCCUGGUUAUAACCUCGGAGGAUGAUCAGCACACCUUUCUUUCUGAUGAGCGGCAAUCAGAAGAAGGCUGGGCAAUUGAAAACCAGUAUUGGGGUGCCGCUCCGGUCCAAUUGGGCACGAAUGGCUUCCUCCCGGAAACACGUUUCAUUGACGAGGUUUUGACCAUGUGUACUUUGGUCUCAUGGCCGGGAGACUCAAGACUAAGAAUCUUCAAAAGGAUGCCCUUUCCCCUCAUCGGCAGACUGUUCACCCGUCAUUUCUGGAACUAUGAACUAGAGAAGUGGGGCCACGAGGCAAUGAAGAUGUGGCCCAUAUCCCCACCGAGAGCGACUUGCCACUGGACCUUCUUCAAUUGGCGACAAGUGCAAUUCACAUUCGGCUGGGCAGCGAGGGCAUGGUUGCAAGAUGUGGACUGGCGAGUGCGAUACGACUGGGACAACGUGGUGGUCUGGACCUGGCUCAAACAAUUGACCCGACUCGCCGUCGAGCCGAGGAUUUGUAGUCUGCGGUGGUACACGCAGAAGCUGGAGUGGAAACAGACGGACAAGUCACUCUGGAGCCUGCGAAAUGAUUGCAGCAACAAGGCAACCAUAGUCAGGAAUUAUAUACAGCAGCUCCAUAACGAGGUUUACUCGGAACAACCGCUACCGAACCCUACGCCGCCAAUCGAACAUGUUCAUUUCAGAAAUGCAUUUGCCGCCAUGGCAGGCAUGCAUAGGGCUCUGAGCAACGAGGCGUCGUUCUACCAGGCAGCCUGUGCUGACUACCAUAGACAGCCGAAUCCUGCAACAAGAGCAGACAUCUACAACCUCUACGCCGCGGAUAUGAGAAGGCGCUUGGAUACAAUUCACCUCCGAAUCAUCGCCGAUUGUAUCGCAUUCCUCGACACGUUCACAACCAUUGAUCCACUGAUCCUCCUGAGAAUAGCUCAGAGCGAACCAGCCGUGGAGUUGCUGGACCAGGCACGGCCGCGGCUGAGGGAGAGAUUCGUGGCAGUGCAGGACGCCUUCCGGCCGGUACGCCAAACGUUUGAUGAGAAUCAUCAGGCAUAUGCAUUCCACAUCCGGGACUUUGCGAACGUCCACCCCAACAACGCGCAGGACAAUGCGAAGCGGAUCGAGAGGAUGGCAAGGAAGCACAUGCGCAAGAUGUCCGGGCCUGUAUUGAAAGUAGUAGAAGGAUGGAUGUUCAUUAUUAAGACCGGGGCAUUACUGAGAGUUGCGCAAGAAGGCACGCCGUUGGCUGAGAUCAACAACAGGCUCGCUGCAGCGUCCGCCUUUGUCGGUGAGGUCCAGAGGCUUCAGAGACAACAGGUGGACCAGCAAUAUCCUCCUCCCCCCUCGGGAGAACGCGCGUACGCUCUGUUGAGUGACCCCAGGUUGGCCAAUAUAGUGAGCCAGAACCAGAACGACCCUGACCCCAGCUUGCGUCGGCAGCGCUUCAACACAGUAUCACCAGAGCGAGGACAGAUCAACUCCUGGCAGGCGGUGUAUGCCGAGGCUUCAGGAUUCGUGCCGUACCAAGACCCCACGACAGGCUUCACCCGGUUCUACCAGGCAAACAUCCCGACCGAGGCGGGCCCCUUCGUCAAUCCCGCGGCGGCGGCGGCGGCCCAGGCCCAGGGUCAGAGCCUAGUCGGGGCCUUCACGCCAGGAGGCAACGCGCAAGCACCCGGCGGGCAGCCCCAGGCCCAAGGGGACGCCGAGGCCAGCUUCAGGGGCCUCCUGCGAGGGCUCCAGACGGGCCAGCCUGUUCAAGGUGGCAACCCUCUCGGUGCCAUGUCCGCCCUGCUCGGGGAGAGAGGACGCCAGCAUGAUGCCAACCCUGCACUGUCGGGCCACGUCGUCCCGGAGAUAUACAACCGGGCCCUGCAGACUGUUGCGGGGCCGAACGGGCAAGCCCUAGUAAACACCAACAUGCCUGGCGCCAACAACAUCUUCGGGGCGUCGGCGGCCCAGAGCAGCCUGGCUCAGCAGCAGAUGGAGGCUCUGAUCAGGCAACAAACGUUGGGACCAAACCCGCAGGCCACGCUGGGGAACUUCCCCGGCCUGCGCCCGGGGGUGGGCGUCGCUCCACCAACUCAGACCUAUGAGCCCGUCGGAGGCAGUGCCUUUCCGGCAAACCCAGCGUGGACAGCUCCCAACCAGCAGGGCCCGUCCCAGCCUCAAGGAGGUCCACCAAAUGCCCCUCAACCGCCACGGUUUCCACGCCAAUGA